CCGGGCCGCGCGGCGCUCAUUGGCGCAGCCCCGAUGGCUGAAAUUCAUCGCUGAAAUGCAAAACUUGUUGCUGCUCCGCCAGCGCCGGGUGAGAGCGAGGGAGCGCGCGAGCGGGCAGCGCGGCGGAGCCCUGCGAGCGCCCGGACGCAGCGGCGGCCCCGCGGCCCGGCCCGGCCCCGCCGCCGCCCCGCCGCCGCCGCAGCCCUGCGAGCCCCGGCCGCGGGCAGCCAGCGGCGCGCGCCCCGCGGCGGGCCGGGAUGCGGCGCGCAGCUCCCGGGCGCCGGAGCCCAUGAGCGGCGGCGCGCCGCCCCGUCGGCUCCCGGGCAGCGCGGCCGGCGCCGGGCGCCAGCGAGCGGCGAGGCGCCGCGGGUGAGCGGGGCGGGCGGCCGGUCCCACGGCGGGCGGCGCGGCGCCAUGUGAGCGGGGCCGCCGCGCGGAGCAGCGGGACGGCGGAGCGGCGCGGCGCGGCGGCCAUGCCCCUGUGAGCCGCGCAGCAUGUUCGGGCUGGAGCAGUUCGAGCCGCAGAUGAGCAGCCGGAGCGGCGGGCAGGGCGAGCGGGGCUUCGGCCAGCCCGGACUGAGCAUGAGCUCGCACUUCAAGGCGCCGGCCUUCCCCGGCGGCGGCCCGGCGGCGGCGGUGGACCCGGCCCUGGGCGCGCUGGGCGAGCCGCCCCUCCUGGGCAUGAACAUGAGCCUGGCCGGGGACGCGUACGGCUUCCCGGGCCGCGGCCCCGCCGAGCUGCACGGCGGCGGCAUGCAGCCGCCGGUGCACGGCUUCUUCGGCGGGCAGCAGCCGCACGGCGGCCCCGCCGGCGCCCACCACCCGCACCAGCACCACGCGCACUUCGGCGGCAGCUUCGGGCCCGACCCCGGCGCCUCCUGCGUGCACGGCGGCCGGCUCCUGGGCUACAGCGGCGCGCUGGGCGGGCAGACGGCGUUCGCCGACGGCUACGAGCACAUGGCCGAGAGCCAGGGCGCCGAGGGCUUCGGGCAGCAGCGGCCCGGGAACCUGCCCGACUUCCAGCACCACAACGCCGGCGCCUCCAGCCACGCGGUGCCGGCGCCCUGCCUCCCCCUCGACCAGUCCCCCAACCGCGCCGCCUCCUUCCACGGGCUGCCCGCGGCCGGCUCCGCCGAGCCCCACGGCCUGGAGCAGCGGCGGCUUCCCGCGCAGGGCGGCGUGGACUCCCUGGAAUACAAUUACCCCGGCGAGGGCCCCGCCGGGCACUUCGAGCUGCCCGUCUUCUCCCCGUCGGAGCCCGAGGGGCAGCUGCCGCACUACGGCGGCGGGCGGCAGGUGCCGGCGGGCGGCAGCUUCGCGGGGGCGCCCGCCCUGCCGCGGCCGCCGGGCAUGGCCGUGGCCAAGGCGCACCCGCCGCAGCAGCACGGCGUCUUCUUCGAGCGCUUCGGGGGGGCGCGGAAGAUGUCGGCGAGCCUGGAGCCGGGGGCCAGCGCCCGGCACCCGCUGAUGCAGCCGCAGCAGCCGCCGCCGCCGCCGCAGCCGCAGCAGCAGCCGGGCUUGCUGGCCAGACAGAGCUCCUGCCCGCCAGCCAUCCCUAGGCAACAGCAAACAGAAGCCAACGCUCCCAAUCCCAACUUGCAGGACAAUGGGCCAAUAAUGCAGAACCAGCAUGCACAGUUUGAAUACCCUAUUCACAGACUGGAGAACAGGAAUAUGCAUCCCUACACCGACCCCGUGUUUAAUAUGCAGCACCCUCCUCCGCAACAGCCACCAAAUCAAAGACUGCAGCACUUCGAUGCCCCCUACGUGAACGUCGCCAAGAGGCCGCGGUUCGACUUCCCCGGCAACCCCGGUGCGGAGCGCUGCGCGUCCUGGGGCGGCGGCAUGCACGGCCCCGCCAUGGAGAGCCACCUGUCCCCGACGGCCUACCCCGGCCUGCCGGGCGAGUUCACCCCGCCGGCGCCCGAGGCCUUCGGGGGGCCGCUGCCGCACGGCGGCCCCGAGCACCCGGCGCUGGCGCAGCGCCAGAACGCGGCCCUGGUGAUGAAGCAGAUGGCGUCGCGCAGCCAGCAGCGCCUGCGGCCGCCCAGCCUGCAGCAGCUGGGGCACCACGGCGAGGUGGGGCCGCCCGGCGGGCUGCCCCCGCCCGCCUUCGAGCGCGACGGCGCCGGCGCCCGCGGCUUCGACCCGCCCGCGCCGCACCUGGCCCCGGAGAGCGCCUGGUUCGCGGGGCCGCCGCCGCCCGGCGACCUGCUGCCGCGGCGCAUGGCGGCCCCGGGGCUGCCGGCCGAAGCCGCCCCGCACGAGCUGGGCCUGCAGCCGGGCGGCGGCGCCGUGCUCUUCCGGCCGGGCGCCGGCGCGCUGGGGCUGCAGGAGCCGCUGCGGAUGGCGGGCGAGGGGCCGGCGCCGGCCCUGUCCUCGCCCGGCGUCCACCCGCCCUUCGCGCCGGCCAUGGGCGGCCUCUCGCAGCUGCAGUCGCCGGGCGGCGGCGUGGCGCUGCCCAGCGCCCCCGCGGAGCGCCGCGGCCCCGCCGACUUCGCGGCCCAGCCCGGCUUCGCCUUCGCGGCGGCCGCGCGGCAGCCGGCGGCGCACGGCGCGGCGCCCGCCCUCAGCGCCUCGCCGGGCGCCUACCCGCCGCCGCCGCCCGAGUUCCCGCCGCCGCCGCCGCCGCGGCCCGCCGCCAGCAAGCUGGGCGCCCUCUCGCUGGGCUCCUUCAGCAAGCCGGCCGCCAAGGACAAUGUCUUCGGGCAGAGCUGCCUGGCCGCGCUCUCCACCGCCUGCCAGAACAUGAUCGCCAGCCUGGGCGCCCCCAACCUCAACGUCACCUUCAACAAGAAGAGCCCGGCCGAGGCCAAGCGCAAGCUCAGCCAGGCCGAGCCCGACGCGCCGCCCGCGGCCCCCGACUACUUCCCGGCGGGGCCGCCGGCCGGGGGGGGCGGCGCCGCCAAGGCCGCGGGCCCCGCGCCGCUGCUGCCCGCCGAGAGCAGCCUCUCGCCCGGCUACGCGCUGGAGCCGGCGGCCGGCGGCGAGGGGAAGGCGGGCGGCGGGCGGGGGCGGGGCCGCCGGAAACGGGACAGCGGGCACGUGAGCCCCGGCACCUUCUUCGACAAGUUCCCGGCCGCGGAGGGCGGCGGGGCCGGCGUCAGCCCGGGGCCGGCGGCGCCGGGGGGCCCGCCGGGGGCCGCGGGCACUGAGCGCGGCGGGGGCACCCCGCACGACAAGCCGCUGACCUCGCCGUCGUGGGGCAAGGGCGGCGAGCUGCUGCUGGCGGAGCAGCCCGACCUCAUGUCCUCGCUGGACAGCGGCAUCCAGAGCGUGACCAAGUCGGACGGCAGUUCCCCGCACGUGGACUUUCCCGACGAGGUCAGCACCAGCUACGGCAACGAGGACGAGGUGUCGUCCAGCUCCGACAACGCCGGCUCCAAGCCCACGCGCAGCCCGCUGCUGGGCGGCUCGCCCAAGCUGCCCCGGGGGGAGCACGCCCUCCUCAACGGACAGAAGCCCCUGGCCCUCGGCCUCCUCAGUACGUCUACCUCGACCCCCGACAGCUAUGGGCUCAGCACCACCGCGGGCGCCCACCCCGGCACGCCGGGCCUGGAGCAGGUGCGGACCCCCACGAGCACCUCGGCCCAGGACGAGAUCCACCCGCUGGAGAUCCUGCAGGCGCAGAUCCAGCUCCAGCGGCAGCAGUUCAGCAUCUCGGAAGACCAGCCCCUGGGGCUGAAGAGCAAAAAGGGGGAGUGCGCGGGGCAGAACGGGGACAGCGACUUGGGCAGCUGCUGCUCGGAGGGCGUCAAGGGUGCCAUGAGCACCAUCGACCUGGACUCCCUGAUGGCGGAGCACAACUCCACCUGGUACCUGCCCGGCGAGAAGGCCCUGAUGGAGGCGCAGGACGAGGACAAGCCCAUGGCGCCCUGGGAGAAGCCCAAGCCCCCGAACCCCAGCAAAGAAGCCCACGACCUUCCCCCGAACAAGACCUCAGCGCCGGCGCAGACGGGCAGCCACUUGCAAUGCCUCUCGGUCCACUGCACGGAUGACAUGGGCGAGGCGAAGGGCCGGACUGCGGUGCCGACGUGGAGAUCCCUGCACUCAGACAUCUCCAACAGAUUUGGGACUUUUGUGGCUGCCCUGACUUGAACAAAAGAAAUUAUUUUUUUCCUCUUUUUAAUUUCAAAGGGCCGCUACUGCUAGGUGGACUAUUUUUCUAGGUUGGUACCUGCUUAGUGGCAUAUGGACUGGAAAGGGUUAAUUUAAAGUAAACCUCAACUUUUUUUUAAUCUUCUGCCACAGUAUGUUACCAGUGUUAACCCUUCUGCAGUUAGCACACUUUUGCUUAAGAUUUUCCUGCUAGACCACUUUCCCAUUAUUCUGUAAUCUUGGCAUACAUUUAUAGAUGAGGCCUUUUCCUUUUUCAUCUCAGCGUAUGUCCAAGUCACGUAUGUCAUAAUAAGACAAAGAUACUACUUCUCCUCCUCCUUUUCUUUUUCAUUUUUUUUCUUUUUUCUUUUUUUGCUUUGUUCAGUGCUUAUUACAGUGGUAAUCCUGAAGAACAGCAGUUCAGGAAUAAAUGCCGGUUACAGUGAAAUUGUCAUCAUUAUAAUAUAUAUUGACACCCAGCUUUUGCAAGUCACACACAAACCAAACAAUUAAUGCUCUGUUAAAUAUUCAGGCAAUGAUUCUAUUCUUUCUUGGGAAGAUUAUUUUUUUGUCAUUAAUAACACAUUUAGUCAGCUCCCUCCCUCGUUUGCUUUCUCCAUCUCUCCCUCUUUAGGUGAGGACAGGAUUUGGUUUAUUUACUGUUGUGAAGCCCAGAUACAGAGUUCUGUUACGAGUAGCGGGGCCUGGUCCUGACACAGCCCUGAAUUUUUAAAGGUUUUGUUCUAAAUAAGUCUAACAGGAAGUUUACUUAAUGAUUAAUAAUUACCAUCUUCUCCACCAAACACACAGAUUGCAGCAGAAUUUGUUUUACCUCCCUCUCUCACGCGUGAGGCGGUGAGGGGUGCAGACACGCUCCAGUGUGGUGUGUAGCCUUUCACAUUUGUGGUGCUGUUGCUGGAGUUGUCACUUUAUUUUGUAACUGUUUAAGGAAAAGAAAUCUCCCCAAAAGCUACUAAGUCCACCUGUGUGUUGCUCUUAGGGUGUGGAGCAAUGUCCUAGCCACACAGGGUAAGCCCGGUGUGGCACCGAGGUGCUGAACUCCCUGUGCUAGGCUGGGUCGAAGUCUGCCAUCCUGCUAUUACCGGAGUUACCAAAGUCACUGGGAGGCUGUACUGAAGUAAAGUUCCCAUUUUUUCCCCUUUUGUUCGCUGAAGGAAGAUAGCUGUCGACUGGAAGUGUUAUGCAGCUUCCUGUGUGUUUGUCCUUAGCCAGGAACGACGCCGGGGCUGCGGUGCUGUCCCUGGAGCACCCGCCGUGGGUGUCCUGGCGCAGCGAUGACGGUAACGGCGGUGCCGAGCGAGGGACCGCCGGGGCCGGGGCCGGGGCCAGAGCCGAGGCUGCAGGUCUGUGCGCUUCUUGGUGUCCUGGUGCAAGAGCGUUUUUGUUCUAACGCUUCUCCAGAUACCAUUCCCCUGUGCCGGGGUCAGUGUUUUCUCAUCUGUCAGGGCGGGAGACCCCAAGUUAGAUGCCCUGAGCUCAUUCUAGGCCCCAUUUUUGCCAUGCAUAUGAAGAACAGUAUUAUUAGAUGCACACAAUAAAAGGAAAAACAUGCUUUCCUGCUCUUGAUAGAUAAUACUCAUUUGAGAAGUAAGUUGGAAGCAAACCAGCUAAAAACAAAAAUGACAUGAUCUGACACUCCUGUGGUUUUACGUAACGCUGUCUAUUAUUUGUGUAUCCUCUGUUUACAGGGAGUGUGAACAGUCCCACCCUUGUUCAGGCCAGCUUGGUUUCCUCUGCUCCCUGAAGCUUAAUAACUUCAUUGGAAAUUUAGGUUUUAGCUGUGAAAUAAAGGUCGGAAUCUCUAGUGUUAUUUAUUGUUUCUUUCAUGGAUUCACAAAAUGUGCCCCUUCUCAAGGGAUGGACUUUGAAGACUGCUUUGUAUUUAUCUUAGAUGAUUGUGCUGGGCCUUUAAUUAUUUUGAAGUAGUGUUCUCAGUAGAUAUCAGUGGAGAGGGAAUUCUGCCUAAAAUGCUAAUGGCACAGGAUCUUCACUUUCAAUCAUAUGUGGCUUCAAAGAAACCUGUGGUGUUUAUAAAGACAGGACUUUUCUCUGUUAUUUGAAUGUGCUGUUAUUAGCCAUGCACAGAUUGUUUUCCUGUUAUGGUUCUGGUCGGUGACUUUAUUUUGGAUAAAUUUGGGGGGUUGAACUUUGAUUUUUAAUACUAUUUUUGUUGUUAUUGGAGUUGCCACUAGGAUGAGAAUUUUUGCCUGUCCUGAAGCAAUUGACUAUGGAGCUGUGUCAUACCCACUUGGUUUGGAGCAAAAAGAUGUGAUAUUUUGUACCUUUCAUAGGUGCUUAUGCUACUGAAAAGUCCAGAGCUCUUCCUGGUACCUGCAAUAAAACAUCCCUAGUAAAAUACUUCCUCACAGAAUAAUAAUUAGCAUUCCCAGUGCUGGCAUACGCCUCUCUGCCUGUGAUUUCUUAAGUCCCAGUUCACCUGAAUAUGUGUUUAACUCUACAUCCUGCCUAGCAAAGCACUGAAGUAUAUGCUAAACUAAGUGAAAUUUAUGUAUCUGAUGAAGCAUGGGGAUAAGUGCUUUGGUGGAUUAGGUCCAUGAUUCUAAUAGUUUUGCUGCAGCUUAUACUUGUUCAAGCUAGGUGUGUCUUGGAGUGAACCCAACAAAACACAUGCCUAGACAUAUGCUACUGUCUUUCAGCACUUAGAGCUGAGAAUUUAGGAAGAGUUCAUGGUCUGAUGGCAUUCCUGUACCAUAGCACAGGCCCGAUGGCAUACUUCUUUGUUUUCAGUUUUUCCUUCUACAUUCAAGAGAACAGGUUUUUCAAGCUUCCUUAGGUCAGGGGUGCACACCCUACGCUACCAGGAAGAGACCUUUAAAUGAAGACUGGACCAACCGUUUCAAAUCUGUUUUUAAAAAGAAAUCCUCCUUUAAGUAGAAAGAUAUUGACUCAGUUGGUCUUACCCAUCGUUUUCUUCUGGUUUGCUCUCUGCAGCUUGUACGUCUGUCCUGAGGUGGUUAUUUUCAUUCACUUGGGACUUAAUUUUUUUGCUCGCUUAUAGGAAUAUAAAUUGGAAACAAUUCCAUAAAAAACAGUGCAAGAGCUUUAAAUCAUAUGAAAUGAGAAGAGCAUUAGAUCCCUGAUACACUGAAACUAGGGGACAUAUCCAGCUUCUAAACUGUACAGUUUGGAAGUCCGGGGAGCUUUGACACUCUGCAGCAGCUGAAUAUCUGCUUCGGAAUCGCUGGUGCUGUUAGUGGGAGGACAGAAUUUUUAGAUAAUGAGGAGUUAAAAAUAAACCUGGGCCUUAAUGUCCAUAUAGUUUUGUAAACUAAUACAGUUACCUGCAAUCUUUCUGCUAACUUUAUUCUACUGGAUCUUGCUUACUUUUAAGUGACAUUCUCAACUGAAUGAAAGGAGAAUAUGCCAGCUCUGUGAGUUGGAGCUAUAAGGUAACACCAGUACCAGUUUGGACUUUCACAGUUUCUUUGCUUCUUGCCAAAGAUCAGAACAGAAAAGGUACAUAUGUCUGACCAGGACAAGUAUAACUUCAUGCUCAUACCUGGUGUAUUUGGCACUGACAACAACUAGGAAUUGUUGCCUGUGGUAAUUUUAUUCCACUCAUUUUCUCCAUUAAUUUGACACUCAAUGCACUGAUUUUUUUUAACAUAUAUAAAAUAUCAGCAUAGCACUGCAUGCUAAGAAUUGAAAUACCUAAUUUGGGGAAUGAUAGUUCCUUCAACUGAAUGUUCGAGAGCUGUAGAUAAAAGCCUGUUGUGUAAGAUGUAGAUGUAUUUAGAUAGGGAAACUGAGGCACAGGCAGAGUGUCAACUUGAGCUGUGUCAAAGGCAGAUCCAUGGCAGAACUGAGCUAUAACCUGCUCGUGAGCUCUGGCUCAGAGCCCUCGUCUCUGAGGGCUUUUCUUUCUGCCACACAGGUCCAGGCUUGCUUCCUUUUGAGGAUGGUCCUGUACAACAGAGAGUGAAAUUUUAUGUUACAAAUUUCCCCAAAAUGGCUGCAUAAAGCCAGAAUAAUUUAAACUUGCGCCUGCAUAUCGUAUAAAGCUUCAAGACAAUGAGAACAUUGCACUAAGAAGUCAGAGCUAUAUGGCAGAUGUGCCCAUAAGAUGGGCACAAUCUUUGCUUUAUAUUGUGAAUGAAAGCUAAAAAUGUGGCUUCAAAUUUAUUUUGGAAAAUCCUCUCUGCCUUGCCUAGCGUUUUUAGCUCUUAGACACACACAUACACAUGUGCCAGUUUAAGUGACACUUCAGAAGUUACAUAUCUUUUGGUUCUUGCCCUUUAAGGGUGAACUUCAUCCUGAGCUAGCUUGCUGAUUUUUUCAGUAUAUGUUAAAAGAAACUUUGUACUUAUUCUUUAAGUUAAAAAGCAGUAGAAAAUUAAGCAAAAUAUCUUUUGCAUUUAAAUUGUGAGAAGUGAUAAAAUAUCUCUUUGCCAGAAAAAAGAAAGAAAGAAUGGGCCUUAUUUAUUAAAUACUCUUGAGAAGUUUCUCCAGAUCAUUUUUUUCAUCGGGUUCAUAGUUCUCUGCUGUUCUAGUUCAGUUUUUAGAACAUCUGUGAGAGAAGGUUUAGACUCAUUUUUAUUUUGUUAUGGUGAAUUUCAUCAAAUAUGUAAGGAUUUCAUUGUGUGGUUUGAGUGGAAGGGAAUGAACAUCAAAAUUAUGUCAUCUGUGUCAUUUAGGGAACUUUUUCUGAUACUGUACUUAGAGGUGGUCAUUCUAAGGCUAGUUUACCUUUCCAAAACAGGAAAUCAGUAUGAAAGCUUCCAGGCACCAAUACUAAGGCAAAAGGUUCACGCUUUCCUUAAAGCAGGAAAGUGUAACAUGACCACAGGUCAUCAAAAUGCUUAACGCGGGGUGUGUUUGCUCUGCCGUUGGGAGGGAGGGAGGCGGUGGGUGGUGGGUGGGGAAAAGCAGACAAAACCAGAACUGGUAAAUUUUGAUUUUUUAAGCUGCAGUGUAAGGUUUUCUCAAAUACUAGAUUCACAGCUGUUCAAUGGAUGGUGUAUAAGAGCAUAACCCAUUUUUAUAGAAUUGUUUCUCCUUUAUUGCUUAAGGCUAAUGGAGGAAAUAGUCUAAUUUUGUCUUAGAAAUUCUCUAUUAAAAUUGUUGGUUUCAGUCCAUCCGCUCAUAGAUUCUGACUGAUGAAACUGCAGGCUGUGAUUUCCGGCAGUUAUAACUUUAUCACUAUUCACUACCCAAGAAUAUUACAGCUUUAAAACAGCCUUAAGCAAAAGGAUGUUAUUUCUUUGUACUAAAUUUGGUUCAUGGAAAAGAAAAAGGAUCAAAACACUGGUAAUCCGUACUGCAUAGCAAACUCUUCUGAAAAAUGUUAUUGCACAUGUAAAAUAUGAAAACUUGACUCUGCUGUGUGUUAGGCAAUCCUGUAAUCUUUUUUUUUUUUUUUUUGAAUCUUGUUAAAUUCAUUUCUUAAAUGCUUGGUUGGAAGACUGUGACAAUAGCUCAUGAAAUUGAGUGUUAUUUUUCUUUCUUUUUUUUAAAUAUGUAAAGUGCAGUCUUCUGUAUUCAUGCAUAUUGUACAUAUCUGUAUAUGUUUUACUGAGCAACUAAAUAACAAUAAAUAUGAUGUUAAUGGUG